AUGGCUGAUGUCUCAGAAUGUGAAAGGUUAACUGGAAGGAUGGCAGUGGCAGGUGAUACCAAAAGAGAUAAAGCAGAGAACUAUUCCAUUGAGCAUCUUAUGGACAAUAUGGCUGGAGCUGAACAAGAUAUCCAGAACUUCUGUACCAACUAUGGGUUCUAUCAAGAAUAUGCAGUCAAUCAACAAGUACAAGAAAUGAAUAAACAAGAAGAAGAGAUGAAUGUGCAUGCUGCCCAUUCUGCAGGUCAAUUAAGUCAAGGAAAAAUAAAGCUCAAUGAUCUAGAAACAGGAAACGAUGUGGACGGGGUACCUUUUUUAUCUCUAGCUCCUUCUGAAUUGCUGAGGAACAAUCCAAGCAGGCGCAAGAAUACUGAAGGAGAUAAGGCUAGAGAUAUGAACGGUGGAGCCAACGUGCACCAUAAGCUCUCAGCUAUGCAAAUCAUGAGGCUAGCUGGAGAAAGAUUCAUCCAGUUCUCUUCCAACAAGUUCAUUAACAUAAACAAUCUCUUGCAUCCCUAUGAUUCUGCUCUCUCAGACCUUUCUCCUGAAGAUAAUCAAGACGAAGAACUUGCUCAAAUCCUCCUAGCUGCAGCUGAGAAAAUUUCUGACCAGCAAUAUGACCGUGCGAGGAAAUUUCUGACUCAAUGCCAACUACUUGCAUCAAACACAGGUAAUCCUGUGCAAAGAGCAGUCUUUUAUUUUGCACAAGCACUUGGAGAGAGGAUCGAUAGAGAAAAAGGAAAAUUAAUGUCAAAAAUCUGUGCGGAAACAGAUGAACUUAACAGUAUCUGUAUUGAAUCAAGAUUCCACGCCUCAUAUGUAGCAUUGCAUCAAGAAGUUCCAUUCACCCAAGUGGUACAUUUCACAGGAAUUCAAGCCAACUAG